AUGUACACUGGCUCCAGAAGUAGCUUAGCCACUGAUCCUACCGACAAAUGCCCCCCAAAUGAGACACUUAACAUAGAUACCCUCAUGGGCUCAGUCAACACAGAGCCAGCUGGAGUAAGCAAAGACCAGCAAUGGUCCCAAGGUGGAGAUGACAGUUUCUCCCAGAACUGGCGAGGCGAGCAAGUGCCUGGUUUUAGCAAACGGUUUCCAGACAAAAAUAACAGGCCAAAGAACAAAACGAAAAAAGAGCCAGUUUUCUCUCAUUAUUGUGAUACCUGUGACCGUGGCUAUAAAAACCAGGAGAAGUAUGAUGAACAUAUUUCACAACAUAAACAGUGCACAGAAGAAGGUUGCACUUUCAGUGCACAUGAGAAGAUAGUUCAGAUGCAUUGGAGGAAUGCACAUGCACCUGGUGCUAAAAGAAUAAAACUAGAUAGUCCAGAAGAGAUUGCUCGGUGGAGAGAAGAAAGAAAAAAGAAUUUUCCUACUUUGGCAAACAUUGAAAGAAAGAAGGCAAUGCAGAUGCAGAAGGAAGAAAGGGGAGAAGUCCUGACUACCCAACAGUUUGGGAAAAUGAGGGGAAUGUGGAAACCUGCAGAAAAUGAAGGGAGGUUUGGGCAGCAAGGAAAACAGAGGAGAAGACAAAGGCGCCCAUUCUGGAAGAAAUCUAGGGAAAAUGGUGGUGAUCAUAAUGCACAUAAAGCUCAAAAUGAAGCUAAUGGACCAGUAAACAACACAUGUGAAAAGGAACAUGAAAAACAGGGUGAUUUGGCAGCUCAGCCAUGUGUGAAGGACAUGGACCCGCUCAGUCUUUUGGCAAACGGUGAUGUUGAAUCUGACAAGGAUGAAGCAGCAGCUGAAGAUGGGAGGCAGGGACUGACUGUUGUUCCCAAGCUGGUCACCUCUGCCCUGACGUCUCUGUCGGUCAACUAUGACAGCACAUCUGACAGUGAGCCUGAAGAAAUCCCAGUCAAGACUGCAACAAAAGCUGAGAAAAACCAGGAGGAGCUCAGAAAUACCCAGGAAACUACUUCUGUUCCUCCGAGUCAAAGCCAGAAUAAAAAACAUCCAGAACACUCAGGCACGAUGUUGAGAAGCUCAAAUUCAAACGCACGUCCCCAAAGAGGGCCUGGUCACAGGGGCAAGAAAACAUUACCUCCCCUUCCAAAGCACCGUCCAACUCUGCUGGAAAUGUUACUGGCCCAGGACAUCCGACACGAGAGGAAUGUGGUUUUGCAGUGUGUUCGUUACCUCGUCCAAAAUAACCUGUUUGGACUUAGUUUUAAAACAGCCCCACAAGCUGAAACAGAGACUGAACAGUCCUGCACAACUACAGCAGAGUCUUCGACGGACAAACUUGAUGAAUCUCAUUGUUCUCAUAGCACUGACCUUCAGUUAGCAGGAGGAGAAGAGGUGUCAUUAAUAGGCCAGGGUGAGAAAGCACCUGCAGAUCAGACUUCACAGGUGGCUCACCUGGAAGAUGAGGACACAUGGGAAACUCCGUCAAUUCAGUGUGAAGAACCACUGUAG